AUUGAGGAAGUGAGAAGAGGAACCAGUGCUCUGUGAAACCCUGCUAGUUUUCGAACGUUUUUGCGUUUCAAAGUCCAUGAAGUAGAUGAUAAGCAAACAUUAAAAACGUAUACGGUCUUUACCUGGUCUAAUAUGAAAAAAACUAUCUAACAAUUGAAAAAAAUGUAUGGGAAAUACCGUUACAUGCAGACGUAUCAUUAUCUUCCGGCUCUGUUAUCGACUUGUAGGACUGUCUGUAGUUUCUCUUUUUUUUCUCUACCUUGAAACGUCAUUUCAGCAAAUCCAGUAACUGGUUGUGAAACAAAAAGCAUCACACAGAAGUUUUGACCAGCCUCUCCGGUGUGUUGUUUUACGGUGGAUCUCUAGGGAAUGGCCGCGCCGCCGUCUUCGCUCCAGUUGAGUGCGAGCGAUGUGAUCCGAAAAGAGCACCUGGACGACGGAGGUUUCGGAGAGGUUUACCUGUGUUACCACGUCACCCUGGGUCAUGUAGUCAUGAAGACCAUGUAUACUGGUCCUCCUCGAAAUGAGGAGAGCAAAAGGUCCCUGCUGGAGGAAGGGAGCAUCAUGGCGAGCCUGAACCAUGAACGGGUGGUCAGGUUGCUGGGUGUCAUCAUGGAGGACCGAGACUGCUCUCUCGUCAUGGAGUUGAUGCCCAGGGGCAACUUGUUGGCCAUGCUGGAGAAGGUUAUUGUGCCCGUAUCAAUCAAAGGGAGAAUUAUCUUGGAGGUUUUGGAAGGGCUGGUGUACCUCACCGACAGAAAAGUCAUACACAAGGAUAUCAAGCCAGAAAACAUUUUAAUUGACAAAGAUUUUCACAUAAAGAUUGCGGACCUUGGCCUUGCAACCUGCAAGACAUGGAGUAAACUCUCCAAGGAGCAAUCUUACAAGAAGAGUCGAAUGGGCUUGUCAAGCAGCGCUAGGGCUGCGGGCACGCUCAGCUACAUGGCUCCCGAGCACCUAGAGAGCAUCCACGCCAUCUCCACAGAAAAGUCGGACGUCUACAGCUUUGCUAUUGUGGUUUGGGUCAUCGUCACAGGCCAAGAACCGUAUGCGAAUGCCAGGAAUGAAGAUCAAAUCAGCCAGUGCGUCCGCAAUGGCGACCGCCCGGCAUUGGACCUUAUUCCUGCCAACACACCUACAGAGAUCAUUCAGCUCAUGAAGAGAUGCUGGAUUCACAACCCGCUGCAAAGACCUACAUUUCAAGAGGGCUAUGACUUUUUUCAUGUUUUCUUCAUGACAAAGCUUCAACCUCAUGUGGAGAAAGAUUUAAUUCAUCUACGGGCUAUAUAUGAAGGCCCAGAUGAACUUGUGGACAAGAUGAAGUCUUUGUCAAUGACUGACGGAUUGUUUUCAACAGAUUGUCCAGCUUUUUUGGAGAGCACAGACAGAAGUGAAUCUGGACCGGUUGAAACAAGUAUUGAGGACAUUAAUGCUAUAUCAUCUGAGCCCAAUGUGGAUUCUUGCAUUGAGACUGAUGCCGAAGCGGCUCGAGGCUCCUCCUUGGAGAACAAACUGCAACAGGAGUUAGACUACCACAAGUAUGGCAGCUACAACUGUGGCAACCAGCCAGACUCUGUCAACAUCCAGCAACAACCCAACUCCGAUAAUCUCCUACAUCAUAUGGUCCGCCAGCCGGAACAAAACACACCUUUUGUGUCCUCUGUCCAUUCCUGGACAAAAGCGGAACCUGUGCAACCAAGCAGCCAGGAUGAUGCCCGGUAUCAUCCCGCUCGUCUCAAUGAGUCGAUGACCGCGUACGUGCCGAGGCCAUCCCCCUUGCCGAUAUCUGCCAGCAUCCCUUCUGUACCACAGUAUAAUCAGCAACAUCCAGAUUCCCACUAUACACGACAACAGUCUUGGCCUGCUUCCUCAUUGACGCAAACUACGUCCCUGGACUUGACUUCUGGGUACCCCACCAACAUUAAGGGCGGCAUCGCACAAGAUUCAGGACCUCUUUACAUUUGCAAUGCCAGGGGGAUCCAGAUCGGCAACUUUAACAGCCUGAAUAUUCUCAACCAUGAUUCCCUUCAAGGUGUUACAUGUCUUCCUGGGAACAUGUGGACAAGUUCACAGCUCAAAGAAGGAAUCCAGAAAUAUGAGGACCACCCCGUGACAGUAGAGCACUUGGAUGUGCUGAAGAAAAACAUUGGCGCCAAGUGGAAGUGUUACGCACGCCGCCUGGGUUUGAGCGAUGUGGAAAUAGACACCAUUGAACACGACUUCUUCCUGGACGGCCUGCCUGAGAUGGUGCAUCAGACGCUGCACCACUGGAAAAUGAAGGAAGGGAGUAUUGGCUGCACAGUUGGGAAGCUUUGUCGCGCUCUCGAAGGCGUCAUUGAUGUUCACGUCAUUCAGAAAAUGCUCAUCAUAUGUGGUUACAAUUCCUAGAUUCAAUGGAACUCUCUUCUCUUUCAAUGAAGAUUUGCCAAAGUCUCUUUUUAAAAACUGCUUUUCGGAAAUAUAAAAGUUUGUCAUAGUCAACAUCAAGUCUUGUUUGCAACCGUGUGGAAAAUGUAUCAAAUGGGUCAACGUCAAAACUAAAAAUUGAAAUGUAAUCAGUUAAACCCAUUCAAAUUUACAUGUGUAAAUGUAACAUUGCCUUGUUAAACUGCACAUAUGUAUGUAGAAGAAAUCUUGGUCAGAACUUACAGGAAAAAAAAAUAAUUCUAUUUCAAUAAGAGUUGUGUGUAUAUGUCCCAAUUUCCGUUUUUCCACGAACUGCAAAAUUCAAACCUUUCACUCUCCCUAAGAAAAGUCUGAGCUGCUUCCAACCUUUCUGCCCAUCUUUGGUAUUUUUUAUUUGGUCCUUGUGAAGGAGCUGCCAAUGCCCCACCUACACACUGUCAUGUUUUUUAUUUGUGUAUAUAGUUUUCUUCUGUUAUUCAUACAUAAACAUUGUGGUUAGUACUUUAGUCAUAUUAGUCAUUAUUACAUUUGUUUAAGUUUAAGGUUAAUUGCCACUUUAGUUAGUUUUUUUUCAUAUAGAAGUCAUUGGUUUUGUUUUUCCUUUCUUUGAGGUGAUUGGUUGCGGCACGAGCAUGGAGGCAUACCCAUGUGAGUGCAGGCCAGAUGCAUAGCAUCACCUGGAUUGGACUCUCCCAAGUGUCACCUGGAGGAGGGGGGGUUAACUCGGUAGUUUCUUGGUAAAAGGUAGUUAAAUGGAACAUUCAUUCAUUUUCUACCGCUUAUCCUCACAAGGGUCGCGGGGGUGCUGGAGCCUAUCCCAGCUGUCCUCGGGCGAGAGGCGGGGUACACCCUGGACUGGUCGCCAGCCAAUCACAGGGCACAUAUAGACAAACAACCAUUCACACUCACAUUCAUACCUAUGGACAAUUUGGAGUCGCCAAUUAACCUAGCAUGUUUUUGGAAUGUGGGAGGAAACCGGAGUACCCGGAGAAAACCCACACAUGCACGGAGAGAACAUGCAAACUCCACACAGAGAUGGCCGAGGGUGGAAUUGAACUCUGGUCUCCUAGCUGUGAGGUCUGCGCGCUAACCACUCGACCGCCAUACCGCCCUAAAUGGAACAUAGUGGUUAAAAUAUACACAGAAAUUAAAACUGAAAUGUCGUAAUAUUGAAAUGCUUUUGUAACCUAAAGGGUGUUGAAAAUGUAAAUAUGGUACCUUUUAUAGAAAUUGCCUCACCUUCUCAUUGGGGAUUUAUGGUUGGAUUUAGGGGGCAAGCCUGUUGUGUGUGCUGGGGGAAAUACUGCUGGACUGUCUGGUAGAAUAAACCUGAAGAGCUCUCAACCUCCUGGUCUGGUGUACUUUUCAGAGGCUAUGGCUAUCCUGGGCUAGUAAGAGGCCAUUUUCCCCCAACUAAAAUCUUACAGUCUUGCUGAGUUUUAUAAUCACACUGCCUUUUUAAAUUAAAAUUUGAAUGAAAGUUUGGUGUGAAAUGAAAUUUUACACAGUAUACAGGUAUGUUUUAGUAUAUCUCAAUCCCACAGCUUUGGUGUUCCCCAGGGUUUAGCUUUCAGUACCUUGUAAUUGUCAAUCUACAUGCUAAUAUUCAACUGGGAUAUUAGAAUUAUAAGGGAAGAUGUCCAAUGAAAUUGUGUGAAAUGCAACUUUUCUCCAACGAAUGUAGCACAAAAAUGUUGAGUUCUGAUAAAUCUGAUAUGAUAUGCAGAUUGUUUUUAAAACACUGCCACUGCCAUAUGACAAAUCAAUAAAGUCCAUAUACUGUAUCAUCUGUUGGC